CUUCCCGGAAAUCAGAUGUUGAGUUCUGCUGAGUUCAUGGUAGAGCAUUAGAUCUGAAGAAAGGGAGCUAAGGAUGGCUGGUUCUUCUUUCUGGACCUUCAUUAUUUUCUUGAGCAUCUUCUCCGUAUCUGCGAAUCGUCCCAGGGGCCGUAUCCUGGGGGGAUCAGAGAGUGUCCCCCAUCACAGGCCUUAUAUGGCCUCUCUGCAGGAAGACGGGGAGCAUCUUUGCGGAGGGUUCCUGAUCGCUGCUCAGUGGGUGCUGAGCGCAGCCCAUUGCUUGGAGGAAACGAAAAACGGGACGCUUCAGGUCCUCUUGGGAGCCCAUUCACUCACUAAAACCGAACCGAACAAGCGUCUGUAUGGAAUCCGUCGACUCAUUUCUCACCCAGAGAGCAGCAAAGAAACCAUUCUCCACGAUCUCUUGCUUAUCCAGCUUGCAGAGCCCGCGGUCCUUGGGUCACAUGUGCAGAUCCUGCCAUAUCAGACUGUAAACAAUGAUGUCCCUGAACAUACCAGGUGUGAAGUGGCCGGCUGGGGCAUUAUUAGCAAUACAGGAAAGAAACCGGACAGCCUGCAGUUCGUGCAACUUAGCAUCAUUGGUCGAAAUCAAUGCAAUCUGAGGCGAUACCAUGACGGCAGCGUGACGGAGAACAUGAUGUGCGCUGAAUCCAGAAAGAAAGACUCCUGCAAGGGAGAUUCUGGUGGACCUAUUGUUUGCAACGGCAUUGCUGAAGGCAUCGUGACUACCGGCUCCACUGUUUGUGGCAAUUGGAAGAAACCUGGGAUUUACACCCGGACCGCUCCCUACGUCUCGUGGAUCACCAGCACCAUCGAGUCCAACAAUUAAGUCGCAAGAGGGAUUGCUUGGUAGCUCUCAGUGCUGAGGCUUCAAGAUGCAGAGAUUGGACAACCAUUUGUCUGAAAUGAUAUAUAAGGUUUCCUGCCUGAGCAGGUGGUUGGACUAGAACAGGGAUCUCCAACCUUGGCAACUUGACGACUUGUGGACUUCAACUCCCA